AUGACGCAGUCGACGCAGUCGUCCUCCACUACCGGCUCCCUCGGCUCCGCCACGUCUGGAGCAAUGGUGGACGGCCUUGCACCCGCCUUCUACGCUGCCUACGCUGCUGUCAACAUCAAGCAGCACGUCCCGAUCGUCCUCUGUCUCGAGCGUCCCAAUUACUCCAAGUGGAAGGCCUUCUUCACCGCUGUUUGCGGGAAGUACGGACUGCUCGGACACAUCGACGGCACGGAGGCUGCUCGUCCGGCUGACCCUACAUGGUCCCAGGCCGACGCCUGCAUUCGCGGGUGGAUGUACAACUCAUGCGACGACACCGUCCUCGACCUCGCCAUGGAGGCCGAUCAAGAUGCACGCGCUUUGUAUAUCUCCAUCGAAGCUCUAUUCCAGGCGAACAAGGAGCCUCGGGCGAUCAUCCUUGGGCAGGAGUUCCACAGCAUGACCCAAGGUGAUCUCUCUGUCGAUGCCUACGCGUAG